CUCUCGGGGAUCGGACGCAGGUUUGAAAUGGCAGAACACUUGUGCAUGGGCUGUCUAUUUACGGAUAUAUAAGGAUUGGCCAAAUAUUUUCUUUGCAAGACCGACACAUCUAUUGUCAAUCCUUGGAGAUGAAGAAUUAUCCCAUCCCAGCUGGAAAUGUGUUUUGUGUCUGAAAUGAAGUUUUCUGUUGUAACUCAGUGUUAUCCACUGGAACCGGGAGCUGAGAACACACCAGCAUUUGCUCACUGGAGAUCAGUUCUUCAACUGCAUUGAUUGUAGAAGGGAUUCAAACAUCUGACUGUCUGAAUUGCCAGAUGAUUGAUCGCAGUGAGAUAUCAUUCUCCUUCUCUCAGUGUGGGAAGGGAUUCACUCACAGCCUACCCGCAGACACGCCAGUGAGUUCACAGUGGGGAGAGGCCAUUCACCUGCUCAGUGUGAGGGAGGGAAACUACCCAGUCAUCCAGCCUGAAGAUACAUCAGGAAGUUCACACCACAGUGAGAUGCUACACCUGUUCUGACAGCGGGAAGCAAUUCAUUCUGUCGUCGGUGCUAAAUAUACAUCUGAAAAUUCCCCAGUGAGAAGACAGUAACCUGUUUACAUGGUGGGAAGGCAUUCACACACUCAACCAUGCCACAGUGACACCAGCAAGUUCACACCGGGGAGAGGCCAAUCACCUGCUCUGUGUGCGAAAGGAUUCACUGAAUCAUCUCAACUGAAUGAACACCAGUGAGUUCACACUGAAAAGAUGUCGUUCACCUGCUUAGACUGUGGGAAGGGAUUCACUCGUUCAUCCACACUACAGAGACACCAGCGAGUUCACACCGGGGAGAGGCCAUUCACUUGCUCUGAAUGUGGGAAGGGAUUCAGUGACUCAUCCAAACUUGUGAGGCACUACCGAGUUCACACUGGGGAGAGGCCGUUCAUUUGCUCUGAAUGUGGAAAAGGAUUUGCUCGGUCAUCUCAACUGACUGAACAUCAGCGAGUUCACACUGGGGAGAAACCGUUCAGCUGCUUUCAAUGUGGCAAGGGGUUCACCCAGUCAUCUCAUCUGAAAGUACAUCAGCGAAUUCACACUGGGGAGAAACCGUUCAGCUGCACUGAAUGUGGGAAGGGAUUUACUGAUUCAUUCUCCCUUGUGAAGCACUGCCGAAUUCACACUGGGGAGAAGCCAUUCACGUGCUCUGAAUGUGGGAAGGGAUUCACUGACUCAUCCCACCUUGUGAAGCACUGCCGAAUUCACACUGGGGAGAAGCCAUUCACAUGCUCUCAAUGUGGGAAGGGAUUCACUCAGUCGUCUCAUCUGAAUGUACAUCAGCGAAUUCACACUGGGGAGAAGCCGUUCAGCUGCUCCGAAUGUAGGAAGGGAUUCGCUGAUUCAUACUCCCUUGUGAAGCACAUCCGAAUUCACACUGGGGAGAAGCCAUUCACGUGCUCUGAAUGUGGGAAGGGAUUCAUUGACUCAUCCCACCUUGUGAAGCACUGCCGAAUUCACACUGGGGAGAAGCCGUUCACGUGUCGUGAAUGUGGGAAAGGAUUCACUGCGUCAUCCAACCUGGUGAGGCACUGCCGAACUCACACUGGGGAGAAACCGUUCACCUGCUCAGAUUGUGGAAAGGGAUUCACUCGGUCAUCAGGCUUGAAAGUCCAUCAGCGAGUUCACACUGGGCGAUGCCAGUCACCUGUUCUGAUUGUGGGAAUGAAUUCGCUCAGACAUCUCAACUGACUGAACAUCAACUGCUCAGACUGUGGGAAGGCAUUCACACACUGAUCCACA